CGUAGCUAAUGUUAAUCGCGAUCAUUACAGUCGUAAUCAACUUUUUAAGGUACAAUAGACGUGUAAUUAUAGCUCGCAGUAAUUCGUAACAAAAGGUAAGUUUAACUGUUUCGGAGUCAUUUUUACGUGAUGGAACAAACUGAGGGGCAGCUCCAGCUGGACGAUUCUCCACAGGGACUAGACGCAUUCAUUGACUGGCUGCUGGAAGACCGGAUUGACGAAGAAAAUCUGGCGUCCGGAUUCCGAGAGAUGGAGGACGACGAGAACCUGCUGUUGUUGGCUGACGUCUCUCUGGCGCCACCGUGUGGUCGCUCUGCGUGCUGCAGCUAUUCGGAGGAGAAGCGGAAUGAGAGGAGCCUGCAGGAGGACCAGCUGCAGCUCCAGCUCCAGUCCCUCCUGAGCAAAGCAGAUGACUUGCAUGACUGCCUCAUCAGUGGGCUGGGACAUGUGGAAAAAGAAUCUCUUCAUGCUGCAGUUUCAAGCUUCCUGUUCUCCUGUCAGCCUUACUUUAACCACCUGGAAUCCAGAGCUCGCAGCACUGUGUCACAGUACUCCCAUGUGCCCGCUGAUAUGUGUUCAAAACUUUUAGAGUUCUCUCAGCAGCUGUGUGACAGGUUGGAGCAGCUGCUGCUGACCUAUGCCACACAUGGCAUCCUCAGCUUGAAUGAAACCGAGCCUGACAGCGUGUCUCACUUCUGUGUGGGUCAGACCCAGCUGGGUCGGCUGAAGCUGACCAUUUUCCGUUACUGCAAGCCGACGCCGUACCUGGCCCGGACCAACACCGGACUCUACAAACGCAUGCGCUGGAACGUGGAGAGGCUCCGAGACCAGCAGGAGGAUGGAGGUGCUGAAGAGGACGGGGAGGAGGCGCACAUCGACUACUACUUCCUGUGUUACGAGGACAUUCCCAAUCCAUGCGCCGAGUCCGACAGCGAAGGCGCCGGUCACGAUGGCUUGGUGAGAAUGUGGUCCAUCGGUCAGUGGAUACAAGUGAACCCUGACCCCUCAACAGAAGACAUUAACGACUGGAUCCUGUGCGAGGUUCCAGAGGGCGACUACAACAGGCUKCUGCUGCUGGGCCACGACGAGCCGUCCAGCUGCAGCGCCACAGACUACCUGCAGCAGCUGCUGCUGUCGUGCUGCAUCGAUUAAAGUCACGAGUGGCGGUGCACAUGACUCCAGUUGGAUGUGUUUUUAAAAAUGUUUUGAGCCACACUAGAUGUCUCCUAGAAUUUAGCGUUCAGUUUUUUUAUGACAAGUUUUUGUGGGUUUUAUUGUGAAGAGGUUUCAUGUUAAUGCAUGCUACUCAAGCUGUGACAAAAUGUCAUGAAGCGAAGUUUUAUACGUUUUCAUAGUUUUGUGGGUUUUAAAAACAGGGUUCCCGCAGAUCCUUAAAGUCUUAAAAGGCAUUGAAUUUGUAAAUCCAAAAAUAAGGCCUUAACGUUAAAAUGGCUUAAAUCCAUAUUUCAGAGGUCUUAAAAAUGGUAACAUAUUUUAAAGUAGGAUGAUUGUAAAUUGUCUCAAAAAUUAAAACAAUU